AUGGUUUCCAACGAGCACCUCGCCUCUGCUGUUGGCGGGCAGAACGGCAGCACCAAUGGAUCUGCCAAGUCUUUCCCGCCAGGGAUUCACGUCCCGUCUUUGACAUUCUUCCGAGACGACAAGAGGCAAGAGGUUGACUGGGACGUGCAAAGAAGCCACAUCGACUUCCUCGUAUCUUCUGGCCUGCAUGGCGUGGUGAUCGCUGGUACCAACGGGGAGGCUGCCACUCUCACUGCUGCAGAGAAGAAACAGCUCGUGCAGAUGACGCGCGAGGUCGCAAACUCAAGAGGUCGAUCGGAUCUUCCCAUCACUCUAGGCUGCUCCGCUGGCUGCACGAGAGACGUUAUUGACCAAACUUUCGACGCUCAGCAAGCUGGUGCCGAUUUCGUCCUGGUCCUCGUACCAAGCUACUUCCAUUUUGCCAUGGAUCAAAACGCUAUCGUUGCGUUUUUUGAGGAGCUUGCCGACGGGUCAGCGUUACCGAUAGUGAUCUACAGCUUUCCAGGUGUCACCUCUGGCCUUGAUAUCAACUCCGAGAUGCUUGAUAUUCUAGGAAAGCACAAGAACAUCGUGGGUGUCAAACUGACUUGUGGAGGCAUCGCGAAGGUGACCCGGGCCGCUGCCGCUUUUACGCCCUCGGACUUCGCUGUCCUAGCUGGACAGAGUGACUGGCUCAUACCUGCCAUGUCCGCUGGGUCGGUUGGCUGUAUCACGGGCGUUGCCAAUUUGUAUCCCAGGACGUGCAUGGAGAUUUUCAACCUCUACGAAAGAGGCCAAUUCAACGAAGCUGCAGCGCUCCAAGCAGAGCUGGGCAAGAUGGAAUGGGGGUUCGCCAAGGGGGGCAUAAACGGCACCAAGUGGGUUGUUGCCAAGUUGCGCGGCUAUCCUGAGCAGUCGAGCCACUGCCGGAGGCCGUAUCCUGUCUACUCCAGCGAAGAUAAGAAGUCGUGGCUGUUGAAGCAGGUCUCGCCAUUGGCAACGGCUGAGAAGAGGUUGAGCGUGAAAUGA